AUGGUUGAGAAGCUCUUCAAGGCACACGGGCACCUGUGCAUCUUCUUGCCGAAGUACCACCCAGAGCUCAACGCAAUCGAGCGAUACUGGGGGUACAUCAAGCACCUCCUCCGCCUCCACUGCGAGUAUUCCCUUCGCCACAUGCUCCAGGUCUUGCCCGGCGCGUUGAGCGGCGUACCCGCACGGUUUAUCCGCGCAUGGAGCAGGGUGACGUGGCUGUACAUCGGAGCCUACGACGAUGGCCUGGAGGACUACCUCGAGUACCGCGAUCUUAAGGAGUGGGGGAAGCACCGAGAAGCCACCGCCAGGGGAGAUGCCGUGAUUCAGGCGAGGGGGGCGGGGAAGACGCCGGAGCAGAAGAAGGCAGCCGAGGCGAAGGCGCUUGCGGCUGCGCAGGAAGUGCGCAAGAAGUCGAUGGCAGCGACCAGGGAAGCCUUCAACACGUGGACGAGCAAGAGAGCCUCCCGGAAGGAGCAGCUACGGCUGUGGAUUUUGCGCAACACGAUGAAUUUUUUGAGGAAAUGGUUGGGCGGGCACGCUCAGGCGUGA